UCUAUUUCUCUCACACUCUCUCUCUCUCUCUGUAUCUUCUUCAGUUCUUCCUUCUCUCGCUCUAGCUCUGCAAGCAACAAUGUCUUUCAGUCUUCUUGAUGCGAUUCUCUUGAUUCUGAUCACCGUAUCUUCACAAGCAAAAGCUCUUCCACCCCCUCAAAAUUUCUGUAACUUCUCUGUUGAUUUCCCCGACUACAAUGCCCAGGCAAGCUCAGAUUCCCCUUCUCCUUCCCCUUCCCCUUCCGCUUCUCCUUCUCCUUCUCCUUCUCUUUCUCCGUAUCCUUCUUCGUUUUCUUCUACUGCUCCUCCUCCUCCUAUUUCUAAUUCUUCUUCUCUGACAGUCGCUGAACAUCCACUGUUACGUCCAUCUAGACCUCUAGUACCCGCAUUCUUUAUCAUCGGAGAUUCGACUGUCGAUUGCGGCAAUAACAACUUCCUCGGUACCUUUGCUCGAGCUGACCGACUUCCGUAUGGUAGAGACUUCGAUACGCACCAGCCCACUGGACGGUUCUGUAAUGGAAGAAUCCCUGUUGAUUAUAUUGCUUUGCUUCUUGGACUUCCCCUUGUACCAAGUUAUCUUGGCCAGUCCGGAUCCGUCAAUGAUAUGAUUCGAGGAGUGAAUUAUGCAUCUGCUGGUGCUGGGAUUAUUUUCAACAGUGGAUCAGAAUUGGGUCAGCGCAUCUCCUUUACACAGCAAAUUCAGCAGUUUACUGAUACUUUGCAGCUGUUUAUCUUGAACAUGGGUGAGGAGGCAGCUGCCGAUCUUAUUUCAAAAUCAGUGUUCUACAUCUCCAUAGGAAUCAAUGAUUAUAUACAUUACUAUCUGCGUAAUGUAUCGAAUGUCCAAAGUGUGUACACAUCGUGGAAUUUUAACCGUUUCUUAGCAUCGACAGUGAGGCAAGAAAUUAAGAACUUGUACAACCUAAGUGUCAGGAGAGUGGUGCUUAUGGGGUUGCCACCUAUCGGCUGUGCUCCUCACUACUUGUGGCGAUACAGAAGCGACAAUGGGGAGUGUAUCGAGGGGAUAAACAACAUGAUCAUGGAAUGCAACUUUGUUAUGAGAUACAUGGUUGAGGAGCUCACACGGGAGAUUCCUGAUGCAAACAUCAUAUUCUGUGAUGUUUAUGAAGGCUCCAUGGAUAUAAUCGACAACCAUUUACGUUAUGGUUUCAAUGUCACCACUGAUGCUUGCUGUGGAUUAGGGAAGUACAAGGGUUGGGUCAUGUGCUUAUCACCAGAAAUGGCUUGCAGUAAUGCUUCUAACCAUAUUUGGUGGGAUCAAUACCACCCCACUGAUGCAGUGAAUGCCAUCUUGGCAGAAAAUGUAUGGAGUGGCUUGCAUUCGCAGAUGUGCUAUCCGAUGAACUUGAAGGACAUGGUUUCUCCCCAAGACUAAUAAUCUGAUGGAAAGUACUUGUAAAUUUGCUCAACAACUGGUACUGAAACUCAUGUAUUCUUCAUACUUACUGUUCAUUUUGUAAAAAGGAAAACAGCAAUAUACGAGUCAAUCUUUGACAGACUCCUUUUCUUUCACUAAUUAGUACCAUCUUCUACAUUUGAUUUCAGCAUGAAACUUGCAAAUGCAGUAGU